GAGGGUUCUGGCCCAAGGUGGGGAAGGCAGAUGCCCAAGGCAGGGUGGCUCCAGGGAAUGAGAUGACCUGGGAGAUGAGUGGAUACCAGUGACUCGCCACCCUGCACCCCAUCUGACCACAGGAUGCUGGAGCUGAGCCUGUCCUGGCUGGGAUUCGGGCCAGUGGCAACCUCCCCGUGGCUGCUGCUGCUGGUGGUAGGGACCUCCUGGCUCCUGGCCCAUGUCCUGGCCUGGACCUACACCUCCUACAACAACUCUCGCCGCCUCCGAUGUUUCCCACAGCCCCCAAAACGUAACUGGUUCUUGGGUCACCUGGGCCUGGUCCCCCCCACGGAGCAGGGCUUGAGCAAAGUAACUCAGCUGGUGACCAACUACCCUCAGGGUUAUUUGAUGUGGAUGGGCCCCAUCAUCCCCCUGGUCAUUUUCUGCCACCCUGACUUGAUCCGGACUUUUGCCAGUGCCUCAGCUGCCAUCACACCCAAGAAUGUGAUCUUCUACAACUUUCUGAAGCCUUGGCUGGGGGAUGGGCUCCUGCUGAGUGCUGGUGACAAGUGGAGCAGCCACCGUCGCCUGCUGACACCUGCCUUCCACUUCAACAUCCUGAAGCCCUAUAUGAAGAUUUUCACCAAGAGUGCAGACAUCAUGCAUGCUAAGUGGCAGCGCCUGAUCACAGAGGGCCACACCCAUCUGGACAUGUUUGAACAUAUCAGCCUCAUGACCCUGGACAGUCUGCAGAAAUGCGUCUUCAGCUACGACAGCAAUUGCCAGGAGAAACCCAGUGACUAUAUCGCUGCCAUCUUGGAGCUCAGUGCCCUUGUGGCAAAACGAUAUCAGCAGCUCUUCCUGCACAUGGACUUCCUGUACUACCUCACCCCUGAUGGGCGGCGCUUCCGCAGGGCCUGCCGCCUGGUGCACGACUUCACAGGUGCUGUCAUCCAGGAGCGGCGCUGCACCCUCCCCAAGGAAGAUAUUGGUGACUUCCUCAAGGCCAAGGAGAAGACCAAGACUUUGGACUUUAUUGAUGUACUCCUGCUGACCAAGGAUGAAGAUGGGAAGGGAUUAUCAGAUGAAGACAUCCGAGCUGAAGCUGACACCUUCAUGUUUGAAGGCCAUGACACCACAGCCAGUGGCCUCUCCUGGGUCCUGUACAACCUUGCAAAACACCCAGAAUACCAGGAACGCUGCCGGCAGGAGGUGCAAGAGCUCCUGAAGGACCGUGAGUCUAAAGAGAUUGAAUGGGACGAUCUGGCUCAGUUGCCCUUCCUGACCAUGUGCAUCAAGGAGAGUCUGCGGUUGCACCCCCCAGUCACGGUCAUCUCCCGCCGCUGUACCCAGGACAUCAUGCUUCCAGAUGGCCGGGUCAUCCCCAAAGGUGUUAUCUGCCUCAUCAGCAUUUUCGGGACCCACCACAAUCCAUCUGUGUGGCCAGACCCUGAGGUCUAUGACCCCUUGCGCUUCGAGCCAGAAAACAUCAAGGGGAGGUCACCUCUGGCUUUUAUCCCCUUCUCAGCGGGUCCCAGGAACUGCAUCGGGCAGGCAUUCGCCAUGACCGAGAUGAAGGUGGUCCUGGCCCUCACGCUACUGCGGUUCCGUGUCCUGCCAGAUGAGGAGGAGCCUCGCCGGAAGCCAGAGCUGAUCCUGCGGGCAGAGGGCGGACUUUGGCUGCGGAUGGAGCUGCUGAGCACAGGGCAGCAAUGACCCACCCACCUUCCGGCCUGAGAUCCAGCCAUGACCAUAGACACCUCACUGCAGAUUCCAAGGAAUAAAUCUGGGACUUCGCUGGCGGUGCAGUGGUUAAGACUUUGUGCUUCCCCUGCAAAGGGGACGGGAUCCUGAUCCGGGAGCUCACGUCUGUCCCAAGCUUCAUUGAGAGCCAGCAGAGGGCCCCUGGGGCCUGGACGGAUCCAGGCGGAUGGGUGUGGCUGUGAACCUGGCGGGGGAAGUGGGGGAGGGAGAGGGUGGGGGAAUGGAGGUAAAUUUUUUUAUGAUAGCUGGAGCUCCAGCUUGGAUCAUUAGGACAAGAUGACUUUUUAAGGAAGGUGAAGCAGAGAGCUAGAUGCAGUCAGAGUCAAAUGACCCUGGAUCCACCACUCCCUCCUUCCAAAGGUUUGCCAUUUUUACCUAUUUGGCUGGGUUGGGGGAAAUCUCUCUCUAAGCCUCAGUGCCUUUAUUACAUAAUAGUAGCCACCUUAUUGCGCUGUUGUGGAGAUUUAUAAAAAGCUUGUGCAAAAUGACUGACUCAGUAUCUGGUAAGCAGUCCUACAGAAUGUGCAUUCAUUUCCACACUUUGUGAUGUUUUUGCAUCACUUUCUCAAAUUUAAAAUGCUUCAAAGUCAUAAAAGUUAUACUGAAGUUUGGGGACAUGCAGAAACCUGCUGUUGAAGAAAAUUGCCAUUAGAAGAUUGAGCAAAUUCAAAAUCUACAUAGUUAGAUCUGUUACACAGUUACAAGCUGCUCUGCAGUGAAACAGACCUGAAGCUAAGGACCAAAAAGAAAUUUUUUCCCUCAGAGAGGCAUGACCCAGGACUUCAUUUUCAUCAGGAUGUUCUAGAAAGUGGAGGUGAAGAGAGUUCCCAAUAGUGAGAGAAGGUGGAGGGGGCAGGAGUGGGGCCACUUCCUUCAGCACCUGGGACAGCGGCUGCUCCAGGACUAGCCCCACUAAGGUGGCAGGGGGUCCUGGGAUAGUCUUAGUAUCAGACCCUUUUGGGGUUCUACAAGCUGGGGUCAGAAGACUUAAUGAUUGACUAAUAAGAAAUAAAUCCUAUAACAUGAAAUUAGUAAAUAUUUCAUGUAUUCUAAGCUGAAAAUUGCAUAUGUUUCUGUUUGCCUUCAGAGUUCUUAUUAAAAUGCUUUUCUUUAAAAACAAAACAGAAAAGCGGGAGGAACUGCCCUGGUGGUCCAGUAGCUUAGACUCAGAGUUCGCAAUGCAGGUAGCCCAGGUUCAAUGUCUGGUCCACGAAUGAUACUCCACAUGCCACAACUAAGAGUUUGCAUUCUGUAAAUAAAGAUUCUGCAUGCUGCGACCAAGACCCAGAACAGGCAGAUAAAUAAGUAAAUACUUAUUAAUGUUUUUCCUUUCCCCCAAAUUAUACCUUAUCAUAGAAAAAACCACAGCGAAGACAAAGUAAGAAAUAAAAAUCAUAUCUAUAAUCCAAACACGCCAAAGUAAUCACUUCAUAGUCUCUCAAUUAUACUGCCAAAUUUUAAAAUGAAAGUAUCAGUCAUGCCCAGCUCUUUGCGACUCCAUGAACUGCAGCCUGCCAGGCUCCUCUG